UUUACUGAUUCCAACUAUUUUUGAUAUUUCAGAUAUUUCARCUGAGGAAUGUACAGAUUAUGACAUUCUGAAACACCUUAACCUGAGCAAAGAUAAUGCUAUGUACAGCAUGGGCCUGCCUAUCAAAAAACAAAACCGCCCUCUUCAGGUGGUUCUCACAGUAGAUCCCUGGGCCAUUCUGGAUGUUAAAGAAGUUGACCAGACUUUUGUGACUCAUCUUGGCGUUAAAAUGGAAUGGACCAACGACUACAUUAGGUGGUCUCCAGACGACUUUUGUGGAAUCGACAAAGUCAUAGUUCCAAGUGAACUUUUGUGGAAGCCAUACAUAGUGAUUAAAGAGAUGGCAGAAAAGGAAAAGUCUCUUUCAAGUCCCCAUCUCAAGAUUAAUUUCAAUGGCACCAUAGAGUUUAGCAGCGAUCAAGUGGUGAUGACCAAUUGCAGGAUGCAAGUGAACAAAUUUCCUUUUGAUACGCAAACCUGCAACAUCACAUUCCUAUCAAACAUGUAUGAUUCAAAAGAUUUAUACCUGAAAAGCCGCUAUGGCCAUAUACAAUACACAAAGAGGAUCCGGAAAAUAAUAACUCAAUACGAGUGGUUGUUCUGCAACAUGACAGUCCAUAACUGGAAUUCAAUUGGACAUUUAUAUUUUCCUAUCACUGUGAAAAGGCGUUCUGUAAUCUAUAUUGUCAACUUCUUGUUGCCUAUUCUCUACCUCACGUGUCUGGACUUGAGGUCAUUCCUCAUGUCAGACACUGGUGGUGAAAAAGUUGGCUUUAAAAUCACUGUACUGCUGGCCGUCACAGUCAUGCAGCUUAUUCUCAACGAUAUUUUGCCCUCUUCUUCCGACAGCAUUCCUCUUAUAAUGAAGUACUGUUUUGGGAUAUUUACGAUGAUGAUGCUCAGCCUCAUGGAGACAAUUUUUGUGAUGUAUCUGAUUGAGAAGGAUUCUGCAUCAGAAGACGACGAAAUAGCCCACGACCCAAGUCUGGAGGCAAUGAAGAAAUACGGUGCAUCUUUGAAUGAUAAAUCAGAUUUUAAAAGGGGAUCUGCAGCCAAAGAGGACACCAGCAUCCGACACACGGAGGGCCCACUGACACUGGAGAUGUUUUCAGAUGAACUGAAGGAGAUGAAGAAAAUGAUUACUCUUCUCAACACCGAUAAGCAGGAAGAAAAGAGAGGCUACUGGACCAAACUGGCUGAGAGAAUCAACAAGAUUUUUGCAAUAUGCUAUGUCACAUCCAUCAUUGUAUUUUUAGCCAUAAUAUUUUCAAUGUGGACAGCAGCUGAAGAUGUAAUUUGCUUAAGUUAACAAACACUUCCAGGUUAGAUAAACAUGUAGAGAUUGCUUUGCUUCUUUGUUAUUACCAAAUGACACACAUUUCACAAACUGAAGGUUUAUAAAUAUAAAAACAAGUUCAAACAGUGCAACUUAUUAAACAAUCAGAUUGUCUAUAUUUAGCAGCAUGUCAAGCCAUUGUAGUUAUUAAAUGUUGAUGGACAUAACAUAAAAAUGAAAGUCAUACAGUGUGAUAAGAGACAUAGAACCACAUGUGUGUGAUGGGAAAAUGAGGAUGGAGUAAAGAUGAAUCAUGUUAGUAGGUUAAUACCAACAGCAAUCAGUGUGCGCUACACUGUACUGUUAAAACAAUUAGCAUGUAGUACCAUAAAUGACAAUAAAUAAUAAAUUGUAAAAAAAAAAAAAAAAGCUUGGACUUUUCUGUAAAAUAAUCAGUUAAUUUCAACCAUAUUUAUUAUCUUUCAAGUAUGAACCAUUUACUUAAGGAAAGUUGUAAAAUUGCCAAAUGAAAAUCAAAUUUCCCUCCACAUUUCAAUUUUCUCUAAUUAAAAAAACAAAAACUUUUUGGAAUCUUAACUGCGCCAGAUAUUGGUGUAAGCAUUUCAUGUUUAUACUGAUAAAUAAACAAAUAAACCCAUCAUAUCAUAGAAAUUGAUUAGGGAUGAGGUUUGCCCACCCCUUGCCUAAAAGAUUUGGCCGUAUAAUAUUUCUGCAAUGAUCUCAUUUGCACACUUGCUGUUCAACCAUCAUAGUGCCUGGACUUCAUAGAA